AUGGCGACCGCCCUACAGCCCCCCGAGGAUCCGGCCAAGCACCCGUGCAAGAAGAUGCGGCUAGGCGGCAGGCAGAACGCGCUGCCCGAGGAAUUCUGCAUCGCCUCGACCAAGACCGGACGUCCGUGCAGCAAACGUAAGGAUCCCGACUGCGCGCUCCCUUUCUGCAGGGGACACAGGGAGAAGGGCGACGGCGCCUUCCGCAAGGUGCCCCAUCCCCUCGCGGGCCUGUGCCUCGUCGCAAACUUCGACAUUCCCAAGGGAUACAAGACGGUCUUCUGGGGCACGCGCAAGCGGUGGAGGGACACCGAAAAUAAGGAGGGCGGCGACUACGCCAUGUCCUUCCGCACCAACGGCGGGGUCAUCGACCCGACCACGCACAAGGAGGGGAGCCAGAUGCAGUUCAUGAACAACCCCGGGCCAAACGAGAGGAUGAACAUGAGAUCCACCGACCGGUUCUUCGGCGCCACGCACGAGAAGGACCCGACGGACAAGACGGGAAAACGCGGCGGGCUGGUGGGGCGGGAGUUUGUGGUCAUGGACGACGUGCGCAAGAACCACCAGCUGCUCAUAUGGUACGGGUCGCAGUGGUUCAACGCGCGGGGCAUCCCGAGGAUCGACGUCGGCUUACCCAGGUACCCGGCGACGCUGAAGAGGGUGGCGUCCAGGGAGAAACUGUCGCCACUGGCGGACACGACGAACAAGAAGGCCAAGGCCUGA